AUGGCGCCAUCAUUAGAAGCCCCCGAGCCCGUCGAGGACGUUCUCGCGAACCCACUCAAACAGAAACCGCAGCUCGUCGCCCCCGAACCAGAACACUGUCCCGGACCGGAAUCCGAACAGGCCGGCACCGCCGACUCGUGCGCCGGUUGCCCGAAUCAAAAGAUCUGCGCCUCCGCCCCCAAGGGGCCAGACCCCGACAUUCCCCUCAUAACAUCCCGGCUUGCGGGCGUCAAACACAAGAUUCUCGUCCUCAGCGGCAAAGGCGGCGUGGGCAAAAGCACGCUCACGUCGCAGCUGGCGCAGGCGCUCGCCACCAACCCAGAGACAACAGUAGGCGUCAUGGACACGGACAUUUGCGGGCCUUCCAUCCCCAAAAUGCUCGGGGUCGAGGCCGAGACGAUUCACGUCAGCGCCUCGGGCUGGUCGCCCGUCUGGGCCAUGGACAACCUGGCCGUCAUGUCCAUCCAGUUCAUGCUGCCCAACCGGGACGACGCCAUCAUCUGGCGGGGCCCCAAGAAGAACGGGUUGAUCAAGCAGUUCCUGAAGGACGUGGAGUGGGGGGAGAUGGACUUCCUGCUGGUCGAUACGCCUCCCGGCACGAGCGAUGAGCACUUGAGUGUGAAUACUUUUCUCAAGGGGAGCGGGAUCGAGGGUGCCGUGGUGGUGACCACGCCGCAGGAGGUGUCGUUACUGGAUGUGAGGAAAGAGAUCGAUUUUUGCCGGAAGGCAGGGAUACAGAUCUUGGGCUUGGUGGAGAACAUGUCGCUGUUUGUGUGUCCCAAGUGCACCCACGCAACCGAGAUCUUUCGGGCGACGACGGGCGGCGGCAGGGCGCUGGCCGAGGAGAUGGGGAUUCCAUUUCUGGGGUCCGUGCCGCUGGACCCGCGGCUGGGCAUGGCGUGCGACUUUGGCGAGAGCUUCUUUGACUCGUUCCCGGAUAGCCCCGCGUGUGUGGCGCUCAAGGGUGUGGUGAGGGGGAUGGCGGAGCAGAUUGGGCUGGAUCCGGAGAAGGUCGUGCCGGAAGGUUAG